AUGCAACGAGCAAAAAAGAAACGCGAGGACGACGAUUCAUCCAAAACCCUCCCGUCUACCAAUGAUUCAGUCGAUCAUGUGAAACAAGAGCGAUCAAAGAAUGAGGAUGUGGAGGUGAAAUUGGAUCAGAGUAAACGAAGUAAAAAUGUUGUACCGAUUAAGAGCGAUUGUGAAGAAACAAAAGUUAACGGAGAACAAGUUUCCCCGGAAGAUUACGAUCCGAAACAUACCAACUACAAACCGAUCAAACAUGCCUGCUGGAAAAGAGGCGCGAAGCAAGUUAUAAAAUGGAAAUUCGGCAUGACACUUCCUUAUCUGGCACUAGCGAGAACAUUGGCUGCGAUGGAGGACACGAAAGGUCGCUUGAAAGUCAUUGAAUAUCUGAGCAACUACUUCCGCUCUGUCCUUGUACUCACACCGGAGGAUUUACUUCCGUCAGUCUAUCUUGUGCUUGGCCAACUUGGCCCCGCCUGGGAAGGAGCUGAGCUGGGUGUUGGGGAGGGUGCCGCUAUCAAAUUAGUUGCCGAAGUAACGGGUCGAAGUGCUGCGAAAAUUCGCCAGUCCAUGGCAGAAAUUGGAGACCUAGGUCAAAUUGCGGAAUCGAGCAAAUCUUCUCAGAAAAUGAUGUUCAAGCCUGCUGCUCUGUCUGUUCGCAAUGUCUAUGAAGCAUUCGUCAGAGUUUCCAAAUUGAAAGGAAAGGAUGCAGUCAAGAGGAAGUGUGAUGAUCUGAAAACGGCUUUUGUUGCCAGUCAGAAAGAGGAAACUCGUUUCAUUGCUAGAAUGUUGCUGGGGAAGAUGCGCAUUGGUUUUGGUGAAGAGUCCAUGUUACAGGCCAUUGGACUUGCCGUCACAAAAACUCCCCCUCUUCAGGAAGAAUAUCCUCCAUCUAUUAUGGAUAAUUCGAAGAAAUUGUCAUCUUCAGCAUUUGACGAGCUUCUGAAAAGUCAAGUUGCGCGCCUCAAACGAGCCUAUUGUGAAUGUCCAUCCUACGAUCUGAUAAUUCCAUUGGUCUGGCAAAAGGGAAUCGAUCAUAUAGAAGAAAACGUGCAGCUCUCACCGGGUGUUCCAGUGAAGCCAAUGCUUGCGCAUCCAACAAAGGGAAUUGAGGAAGUUCUUCAAAGAUUUCAGGGACACACGUUUGCUUGUGAAUUCAAGUAUGACGGAGAACGAGCUCAGAUUCAUCUUAGUGAUGAUGGAACUGUGAACGUAUUCAGUAGAAAUCAAGAGGAUAACACGGGAAAGUAUCCUGAUAUAAUAGCGAGAUUCAAAGGAUCUUUGAAGUCCGAUGUAAAAUCUUGUAUAAUGGAUUCCGAAGCCGUUGCUUUCGACACGGAGAUACAAAGCAUACUUCCUUUUCAGGUUCUUUCUACGAGAAAGAAGAAGGGAGCGGAGUUGGACAAAAUCACGGUUCAAGUUUGCGUGUAUGCGUUUGAUCUUUUGUUUCUCAAUGGCGAAUCCUUGGUGAGGUUACCUUUCAAAGAACGCCGCGAGAAGCUUCGGCAGAUCGUGGUUGAGAAAGAAGGCGAGUUCGCUUUAGCAACAUGCAGGGAUACUGGAAAUGUUGACGAAAUCCAGGAAUUCUUGGAUGAAGCUGUAAAAUCAAAGUGUGAGGGGCUCAUGAUAAAGACGCUGGAGGAGGAAGCUUCAUAUGAGAUUUCUAAACGCUCAUUGAAGUGGCUGAAGCUUAAGAAAGACUAUUUAGACGGCGUUGGGGAUACGCUAGAUCUAGUGCCGAUUGGAGGGUUUCUCGGCAAAGGAAAACGCACAGGAUUCUACGGAGGUUUUCUUCUUGCUGUCUAUGAUCCGGAGAAUGAAGAGUAUCAAUCUAUAUGCAAGAUCGGCACGGGAUUUACUGAUGAAUACUUGGAAAAGCAUGCGACAUUUUUCAAGGAUCACGUGAUCCCCUCACCAAAAUCGUAUUACCGUUACGACUCUUCCGUGGAACCGGAUCACUGGUUCGAAGUAGCUCAAGUUUGGGAAGUCAAGUGCGCAGAUUUGAGCUUAUCUCCGAACCAUCAAGCUGCGAUUGGUCGAGUGGAAGCUGAGCGAGGAAUAUCUCUUCGUUUCCCGCGUUUUUUAAAAAUAAGAGAUGACAAGAAUCCAGAGGAUGCGACGACAGCGUCUCAGGUAUGA